AUGCCAUCUUCUAAAGCCGAUCGUGGAGCUGGGGGUGGAAGGUUUACAGGUAUUUCGAGGGGAGGCCAAAGUGGAAGAGCACAGGGGAGAUGUGGUCCACAGGGGGGCCAGACCUCCACUUCCCGAGUAACGUGUGGAUAUUGUAGAAAAUCAAACCAUAUCGAGGAUAAUUGCUGGAGAAAGGCUUGGAAGUGUUUAAGGUGUGGAAGUACGGAGCAUCAGAUUGCUAACUGCCCACUUAUCAGUGAUGCACAGUCGACUGGCCAAGCGAACCCAAAACCAACCAAUGUAGGAGGGGUCAAGUCGAGGGUGCCAGCCAGAGUUUACUCUUUGGACCAACGAUCGGUACCUGAGCCGACGGAGGUAGUGGAAGGUACGAUUCCUAUUUUCCAUCGUUUAGCCAAAAUUUUGAUAGACCCUGGUGCCACCCAUUCUUUUGUUAGCCCCACCUUUAUACUUGAAAUUGAUGUGAAAACUGAAAGAUUACCAUAUGACUUAGAAGUAAGAACACCUACAGUGUUGGCUUUGUCCAAUGGGAAGGAUAGCUAUACGGUUUAUACCGAUGCUUUGAAAGAGGGGUUGGGGUGUAUUUUGAUGCAAAAUAGGAAUGUGAUUGCCUACGCAUCUCGAAAGUUAAAGGCUCAUGAGCAAAACUAUCCAAUCCAUGACUUGGAGCUUGCAGCUGUUGUGUUUGCCUUUAAGAAAUGA